AUGUUUGUGCCGUUCCGCGAUGCCGUCUUCGUGCUCCUCAUCGCAGCACUGUCGCUCGUCAAUACACGAGCGACGAAUUCGUACCCGAUCGUGCUCGUCAAUGGGUUCUCCGGCUGGGGUCGUGACGAGUUUUCGGGUUUCCGGUACUGGGGUGGCAUUCAAGGGGAUUUCCAGAACGAGCUCACGGCUCGAGGGUAUACGGUCUAUACUGCUGCAGUUGGUCCCUUUUCAAGCAACUGGGAUCGGGCUUGUGAGCUGUACGCUAUUAUCAAAGGCGGACAGGUCGACUAUGGCAAGCAACACUCGGCCACGCACAAGCACCUUCGCUUUGGACGCAACUACACGGGCCUCUACACAAAGUGGGGCACAGUCAACUCGGAUGGCUCGAUCAACAAGGUCCACCUCAUCGGACACAGUAUGGGCGGCCAGACCAUACGAAUGUUGGCUCAGAUGCUCGCGCAUGGCACCACCGGUGCACCUGGCGAGGAAGAUCCGUCGUCGCAUCCGUUGUUCGCUGGUGGGAAGAGCUGGGUGCACUCGAUAACGACCAUGUCAGCGCCAAACCAGGGCACGACCCUCGCCGACGGCUUCUCUGUCAUUGGCGACCAAGUCAAAGACCUGCUUGCAGGUGUGCUGAACCUUGUCGGGAUCCUUGGAACCAAUGCCGAGACGUUCUACGACGUCAAAUUGGAUCAAUGGGGGAUUUCAAGUAAGCGGUCAGGUGAGACGCUGCAAGCGUACCUCGGCCGCGUCUUUUCCAGCAGUAUCUUUGAUCCGGGCUUUCAAGACGUGUGUCUAUGGAGUUUGUCCACUCGCGGUGCGAAAGAAGAAGCGACGUGGGUGAAGACGCUGAGUGACGUGUACUACUACAGCUACACCACCGUGGACACGUUUGAUACGCGAGACGUGCGCUUUCGCAAGAUCUCGCUGCCCCAUCCCCUGACCAUGCUGUUGGUUCUCAAACCCCUGGCAGUCUUUCUCGGCGGGCGGUAUGCACCUGACAACAUGAAGCUACCCACGGACUGGCAACCGAAUGAUGGCGUUGUGAAUUCGAUUUCGAUGGCUUCCGACGGUGUCGGGAGUGUCGCAACGUUCACCGGUACAUCUCAACUGGGCACGUGGAACCUGUUGCCGCAACUGAAUCGACUUGACCAUCUUGGUAUUACUGGCAUCACGCUCCACACACAGGUGUUGGAACUGUACGAGGGCCACGCUGCACUGUUGGCAUCUCUGCCGACUACCUCUAGUGCCCGUCGACUGCAAAACAGCUCGAUCGAAGCCGCUGUGAAACUCGACACGGCCAUCGGGGACUUGUCCGUAGCGACAGCAAGCGUAGAGACCAAGGGCGAUCUGGAAGCUUUGUGCGCGAGUCCCAAGAACGCAUACGCCCAGAACUACUGCACUAAGAUGCUUCAGUCCGUAGACACGAAUACGGUACACGGAUAA